GGAUGUCGUUGUCAUACAUACAUACAUUUGCUGUUUGUUCGCCAGGCCAGAAACGCGCGAACGACCACGUAUGAAAAUGUGGCUUAUUACGAGGAGUAAAGUAAAACGUUCAAUCGACUAAUCGCGAUCAUGAUAUCGCAUUUGUGAGUGCAAAAGCAAGCUGAAUUUAAUUCAUCUGUUAUUUUGUUACAAUGUGAUGGAAUGAAUUUUGCAACCAAGAUGCGGAAGAGCAAAAUUGAUCAUUGAAUUUGGAAUAAUUCGUUUUUUUGGAUUGGUAUUUUUUGUAAUCGCGCAAGUGAUAUCUCGAUUGUUGUUUGUUAACGAGAAUUUGAACGAAUUGUCAAAUUUCAAUACAAGAAACUCGAAUGUACAAGGUGUCUCGCAAUCUUUGUACAAUACUUUGUACAAUAGUGUAUCUUAGAGUUGUUCAACGAAAUGGAAAAAAUGAACAGCUAUUCUAAUACGUUUUGAUGCGGUGUUUCCUUAUCGUUGCUCGUUAUCAUUCGUGGUGCUCACUUUUGUUUGGACGUAACGGAGAUUAUUGGUGACACAAGUGUUUCCUUCGAUGUAUGCACGCUAAUAUGGCUUAUUUUUCGCGUUCUUAUGUCGGAAGAAACCAAUUGGCAGCUAUGCGGUGAAGACUCGAGUCUUUUUAAAUCACAUUUCAGUGAAUGUUAUACAAGGAUUUUUUGGGCCCAUGGGGCCUGCUAAUUAUAAUCCUGAUAGGAGUAGGAAUUAUCCUGAUCGCGCUGCUCCUGUUCGUUUGCUUCCUUAUUCCUGGUUGUAUCGGUUAUGAAUGUUUCAGGAAACGAAUGCAGAAAUCCUACGCAACGAAAGAAAAAUAUAAAGAGGACAAAAAUGUUCAUAUACGAGAUAAAAAUCAAGAGGAAAAAAAUUUGAAGUUAAAUGAUAUCAGCUAUAGAUCUUGGAGAUUGGGUAGUUUGUACGAAAAUGACAACAAUGGUACGAUCAAUGAGAAUGUGGAAUCUCAGAAGGAUUCAUUAAAUUCUGUCAAUGCACAAUGCGAGAACGUAGAGAGUUCUUCCACGCUGAAUUUGAUUCAGAUAGAUAAGCAGAAGAACGACAAGAAAAUAAAAGAGUUUCCGAUUGAAUUGACAAUGAGCUUGCAAUAUCUACCACCCUGUGACAACAUUAUCACUGGGAAAUUUGUAAUUGGUAUUGAAGCAUUGUCCGGUCUUCCUCCAAAGCAGUAUAACAGUACAUUAGAACCUUAUGUAGCAUUGAACAUUGUGAAACAAUCAUGGAAUCAUAGGAAACAGAAAUUGCACAGUUUCAGAACAAGGAGCAUCAGACAUACCGCCAAUCCAAUUUACAAGGAGACUUUCGUUAUUGCGAAUGCAAAGGUGCAAGAAGCUAAGGAAUGGAUUUUGGAUAUCACUGCAUACGAUCAUGACAGAUAUGCAAAUCAUACGGAAUUGUCUUCGCUUAAAGUAUUAGUAAAAGAUGCGAAGAAGAUCUUCUACAGUCCAGAGAUUCAUUUGUUCAAUUAUAGAAUGAAGCCUUCCUAUCAGGAGUUUGGCAAUAUUUUAUUAGCCAUAAGCUAUCUGCCCACCGCACAGAGGUUGACUAUUAACAUUAUGAAAUUGCGCAAUAUCAAAUUUACACCAGUGGUGCCAAGUUUAAAUAAAUUUAAUCCAUACGUUAGAAUAUUAAUGUUGAAUGGAAAGACUGGUAAAAAGAUAAAGAAAAAGAAAACCAAAGUCUUAAGUGCUGUUGCGCAACCUGAAUUUAACGAGACUUUGACGUUUGAUCUGCCAGUCACUCAACUUGAUACUGUCCAGUUUUUAAUUGUGCUUUGUAACAAGAUUUUACCAGAAGGAUCACACAUUAAUAUUCCCGACCAUGCAAGCGACAGCGAGGAUUCUGUCAGUUCAUACAGAAGCUCUGCUAAUAUUUCCAUUGGUAAAGUGGCACUUGGAAAAGGAGUAAGAGGUUCAACAGAAAGGUUGCAUUGGUUCUCGGUACUUCAAAAUCCAAGGAAACUUGUCAGUGUGUGGCAUACUCUGAAAUAAUAAAAACCAUUGUUUUAUAUGUUA